AUUUCCGGGCCUGGACUUGAGAGCAAAGAAAACUACAAAUCCCAGCACAUCUCGCGGCUUUGGAGCCCCGCUCCUGGCGAACUACAGCUCCCGGUAGGCAUCGCGGCAGCACUUACCGUGUGUGGCCGGGAUGCGGUGGUGAAAGUAGUUACCAUGGAGUUACGCUGAGUAACCCUGAGGUAGUGGGACGCCGAGGCUGGAGGGAAAGCAACUGCGGGGGUAUUUCCAUUUUAACAGGGAACAAUCCCUGAACCCAAAGGAAUGAAUCCCUAAUGGUGGAGUUUCAGGCAUUGGUGACAGGCUGCACCCGGACUCCCAGGGCCAAUGCUUACACCUGACAAAUGAUGGCCUGAGCUAUGAGCAAACAGAACUAUAUGAACACUUCGGUGCAAGAGCCCCCUCUUGACUACUCCUUCCGAAGCAUCCACGUGAUCCAAGACCUGACGAGCGAGGAGCCACGGACAGGGCUACGACCGCUAAGGCACUCAAAGUCAGGGAAGUCACUGACCCAGGCCCUGUGGCUGAACAACAAUGUCCUCAAUGACCUGAGAGACUUCAGCCAUGUGGUUUCACUGCUGCUGGAGCAUCCAGAGAACCUGGCCUGGAUCGACCUGUCCUUCAACGACCUGACUUCCAUUGACCCUGUCCUGACAACUUUCUUCAACCUCAGUGUACUCUAUCUCCAUGGCAACAGCAUCCAGCGCCUGGGAGAGGUCAACAAGCUGGCUGUCCUCCCACGGCUCCGGAGCUUGACACUCCAUGGGAACCCCAUAGAGGAAGAGAAGGGGUAUAGGCAAUAUGUGCUGUGCACCCUGCCACGUAUCACCACAUUCGACUUCAGUGGAGUCACCAAAGCAGACCGUGCCACAGCUGAAGUGUGGAAACGCAUGAACAUCAAGCCCAAGAAGGUCCGGAUCAAGCAGAAUGCACUCUGAGGUUCCCAGGGCACCGGCAGUCCUAAAGGCCAGAGGAUGUUUGGUUUAACAAUAAACGAUUUGAGCAGUUGA